AAGGGUGUUCAGCGCCGGUGGGGCUUGGAAGGAGAAGCUGUGCAGGAGGCUGGAGGACGGCUGUGGGGUCGAGGGGCUACUGAUUCCUCCUGCAACGGCUUCUUGAAAAUAAAACCUGCAAAACCUGUUGCAUUUGCAGUUCGGACAAAUGUUGGGUACAGUGCAGCUCACGAUGACGAUGUUCCAGUCCCAGGCAUGGCCAUCUCAUUUGAGGCUAAAGAUUUUCUUCAUGUUAAAGAAAAAUUUAAUAAUGACUGGUGGAUAGGACGGUUGGUAAAAGAAGGCUGUGAAAUAGGAUUCAUACCAAGCCCAGUCAAACUAGAAAACAUGAGGCUGCAGCAUGAACAAAAGGCAAAACAAGGAAAAUUCUACUCCAGUAAAUCAGGAGGAAACUCUUCAUCCAGUUUGGGUGACAUCGUUCCUAGUUCCAGAAAAUCAACGCCUCCAUCAUCUGCUAUAGACAUAGAUGCCACUGGCUUAGAUGCAGAAGAAAAUGAUAUUCCAGCAAACCAUCGCUCCCCCAAACCCAGUGCAAACAGUGUAACAUCACCCCACUCCAAAGAGAAAAGAAUGCCCUUCUUUAAGAAGACAGAGCACAUCCCUCCCUAUGAUGUAGUGCCUUCUAUGCGACCAGUAGUUUUAGUGGGGCCUUCUCUGAAGGGAUACGAGGUAACAGAUAUGAUGCAAAAAGCAUUAUUUGAUUUUUUAAAACAUAGAUUCGAAGGGCGUAUAUCAAUUACACGAGUCACAGCAGACAUCUCGCUAGCCAAACGCUCAGUAUUAAACAACCCCAGUAAGCAUGCGAUAAUAGAGCGAUCUAACACGAGAUCAAGCCUAG